GUCGUCACGGGGGGCGGCACUGGUAAGCGCGCGGCCCUCUCUACCGUUCUCGAGACUGCUACAACUCAAGCAGGAGGCUGAUCUCAACUCGCAUCAAGGCAUCGGCCUGAUGAUUGCCCAGGGGCUCGAGGCCAACGGCGCAACAGUUUAUAUCCUCGGCCGGCGGCUCGAGACGCUGCAGAAUGCCGCAAAGACAGCUAAACACGGCAAACUGAUCCCCAUCCAAGCCGACGUCACCUCCAAGGAGUCUCUCCUGCAGGCCGCCGAGCAGAUCAAGUCCGAGCAAGGCUUCGUCAACCUCGUCGUCGCCAACUCGGGCAUCACCGGGCCCGGCGCGGCGGGCUACCCCGCGGACCCGACCAUCACGCAGCUCCGGGACCUCAUGCUGUCCUGGGACACGGCCGCGAUGGUGCAGACCUACGAGGUCAACGUGGUCGGCGUCAUCACCACGAUCGCCGCGUUCCUCGAGCUGCUCGACGCGGGCAACAGGAAGGGCAACGUCGUGCAGAAGAGCCAGGCCGUGGCGGUCUCGAGCAUCGGCGGCUUCAGCCGGAGGGCGUUGGGCGGGUACACGUACGGCAGCUCCAAGGCGGCGGUCAUGCAGCUGAUGAAGACGCUCUCGACGGCGUGGACGCCGUUCGACAUCCGCGCAAACGUCAUUGCGCCCGGUAUCUACCCCAGCGAGAUGACAGGCACCAUCGUGAAGACGCAGGAGGAAAAUGGCUGGCCGAGAAGCGUAGUUCCACUGCAGCGUGCAGGUGACCAGCAGGACCUGGCGGGUGCCAUCUUGUUCCUGGCCAGUCGCGCAGGCGCAUAUCUCAACGGCAACGUCCUGGUCACGGACGGUGGGAGGCUAGGGGUACUGCCGUCGAGCUACUGAGUCUUUUAUUAGACCCGCUUCGCCGUUCCCCAGUUUAAGCUUGUAUCACUCUUAGCCAUGGUUACGUUGUUGGAAUACAGGCGAAACAUGAUCUGAACUGCAACCUGAGAGAAGUUACCGUGGGGCAUCACAAGACCAGGGAUAGCGCUAUUUUGUAGCACUAGUAACGGUAGCUGUCCCUCUGCCGAAGCCUCUCCAGGCCUGAGACAAGCGCGCCCUAUGGCACGCCCUAGGGGUGGAUCGCAGCAGUCUGUGGGCGCCUCCAUCGCCGAUGUGGGGGUCCCGUGGCGUGUCCCCAUGGCAGGCAGUGGCACGCUCAGAGGUUCUUCGUUAUGAUUGCUCGGCUUGGCAAGCGGAGAACGUUUCCCAA